AGGGUAUAAAUAGCACACAAACACAACAUUAGACUAACAUUCAGUGAAUUCACUCAAUUGUAUUACUUUUACGUUAAGUCUCAACAAAUUUAUUGAUAAACAAUGUCUGGCAGAGGAAAGGGAGGUAAAGUGAAAAGUAAAGCAAAGAGCCGAUCGUCCAGAGCUGGUCUCCAGUUCCCCGUCGGACGUAUCCAUCGUCUUCUCCGUAAAGGUAACUUUGCUGAACGAGUUGGUGCCGGCGCUCCCGUGUAUUUGGCCGCAGUCCUCGAGUACUUGGCCGCUGAGGUUCUUGAGUUGGCCGGUAAUGCCGCCAGAGAUAACAAGAAGACUCGUAUCAUUCCCAGACAUCUUCAACUGGCCAUUCGUAACGACGAGGAGUUGAAUAAAUUGUUAUCUGGUGUAACCAUCGCUCAGGGAGGUGUCUUACCCAACAUUCAAGCUGUUCUCUUGCCAAAGAAGACCGAGAAGAAGGCUUAAAUGGUGUAAUAGUCGCCCAUUUGAAACAAACGGCCCUUUUUAGGGCCAAUACAUCUAUGACUUUAAGGACUGACUCAUAAUAUCAUUUGUUUAAUUUAUGCUAUAU